AUGGCUGUCGGAGGCUCCAAGAAGGUGGCGAGCAUGGUCUAUUAUGACCUCAUGGGCAUCGAGGCGGAUGCCACGCCUGAGCAGAUAAAGAAAGCGUAUCGUCGGAAGGCGCUGCAGCUGCAUCCGGACAAAAGGGGCAACACGCCCGAGUCUCAGGAGGAGUUUACGCGCAUGAAGCAGGCGUACGACGUGCUCUCGGACCUGCAAAAGCGCGAGGUUUACGACCGAGUGGGUGAAGAUGGUAUCAAACUCAUGGAAGACUUUGGUAGCAUGAGUCCGGAAGAAUUGUCGAUUUUGGUAUUCCGGUCUAUGGGUGCAUUUGGUGUCGGGGGAAAGUGUGCGCUCAUUCUCUUCGUGUCACUGCUCUUUGGCUUUUUCCUGCUCAUUCCAAUUUUCUGGUGUCUGAGAGCAGACUCGACGAUUUCUUGGAACUGGGCGGUGGUCUGCAUCCCGUUGUGGAUUGCAGACGCCAUUUACUACUGCUGCUUGGGCUGCGUGUUUGCGUCUUCGGGCGUCGAGGACGUCAAUCUAGACGGAAAAGCACCGGAAAAACCGGCGCUAUACAAGCUAUACGCGUUCCUUAAGGCGCUGCUGCUACUGGUGCUGCAGAUUUUCUUAGCCCUGAAGCUGAAUGGAGAUGUCCGGUGGACUUUGAUUCAGGCACUGAUCCCGUAUUUUGUUUACGAGGGUCUCAAUUUCCUCGAAGGAUUGGCUGGGGGAGUACUAGGCUAUGGUAUGCUGACGAAGAACAGCGAAGGAGCGGGUGUGACACACACUGAGGACAUUAAAAAGCAACGCACAGCUCUUGUUAUCGCCGUGGCUAGAAAAUUGAUUCUGAACCUUGCCCGGAUUGCUCAAGCUGUGCUACUGGGACUUAAGGUGGACCACGAUGCGCGUGAUGUCAGCUGGUGGCUCAUCUUCAUUCCGGUAUGGCUUUACAUCGCAUUCUUCGUCUCGUUUCCUGUUCGAAAGUACUUUCGCAGCAAAAAGACGAAGGCGCCAAAGUCCAAGUCGACUUCGCCGAGUCGACAGCACACGCACGAUGAUUACGCUCGCGAGUCUGUCAGCGAAGAUGAAGAUGAGCCUGUUUCUAAGUUUCCGCUACUGGAUGCGCUUUGCACAAUCCUCGUAAUUGGCGCACUCACCUCGCCUUUCUUCAUCCUAUCAGCGAGACUGCAACAUGGCUCUUUUUCCAGUAUCUUCGUGCUUCUACCUUGGCUCGUUGUGACAGGACUUAUUUUUUGCUUUAUAUGCUGCGCAAUAUCUUGCGUAGGUUUCCGGGACCCAGAAGACGGUGGAGAGUCCGAGCAAGCAGCAGAGGAGGGUACCGAAAAAGCGUCGAUGGCCGAGGAAGUUGUCUAA